CCUAGUAGGGAGGGGCGGAGGGAGACCUUUGAAAGCCUGCCAUUGGUGAGUUUACCAGAGGCAUCUGCCAGUGGGACUUCAGUGGAAUGUGAAACCAAAUCUUUUUCAAGUUAAAGAUAGUCACAGUGGAUGCCAGAAUCUGGAAGCCGGGCUUUUAAACUCCGGUCUCUCUCCAGAAUUUCAGAGUUGGUUGUGGUCUCGGAGCUAAUUAGCAAUUUGACUAAAAUCUGUUCUUCCCAUGGGCACACCAGCAAUCACGGUGCAUGCUGGGUGACCUGGGCUUGAAAGGGCUGAGGAGUGGAUGCUGUGCCUGAUCUGGAUAAAUAGGAUUUACAAGCCCCUGGGAGCUCUUGAGAAAUCUUCAAAUGCCACAAUCAACUGCUAUUUUAAAGAAAACAAAAUAGAUGGUUCUGGGAAGUCCAUGCUGUUUCUUCAUUGAAUUUUAGAAUGAUUGAAGAUAGUGGGAAAAGAGGAAACACCAUGGCAGAGAGAAGACAGCUGUUUGCAGAGAUGAGGGCUCAAGAUCUGGAUCGUAUCCGACUCUCCACCUACAGAACAGCAUGCAAGCUGAGAUUUGUGCAGAAGAAAUGCAAUUUACACCUGGUGGACAUCUGGAACGUCAUCGAAGCAUUGCGGGAAAACGCUUUAAACAACCUGGACCCAAACAUAGAACUCAACGUGGCCCGCCUGGAGGCUGUGCUCUCCACCAUUUUUUACCAGCUCAACAAACGGAUGCCAACCACUCACCAAAUCCACGUGGAGCAGUCCAUCAGUCUCCUGCUGAACUUCCUGCUCGCAGCCUUUGACCCGGAAGGCCAUGGUAAAAUCUCAGUAUUUGCUGUCAAAAUGGCUUUGGCGACAUUGUGUGGAGGGAAGAUCAUGGACAAGUUAAGAUAUAUUUUCUCAAUGAUCUCUGACUCCAGUGGAGUGAUGGUUUAUGGGAGAUAUGACCAGUUCCUUCGGGAAGUUCUCAAACUUCCCACGGCGGUUUUUGAAGGUCCUUCGUUUGGUUACACAGAACAGUCAGCCAGAUCCUGUUUCUCCCAACAGAAAAAAGUCACAUUAAAUGGCUUCUUGGACACACUCAUGUCAGACCCUCCCCCACAGUGCCUGGUUUGGCUGCCUCUUCUGCAUCGACUGGCAAAUGUAGAAAAUGUCUUCCAUCCAGUAGAGUGUUCCUACUGUCAUAGUGAGAGCAUGAUGGGAUUUCGCUACCGAUGCCAACAGUGUCACAACUACCAGCUUUGCCAGGACUGUUUCUGGAGGGGCCAUGCGGGAGGUUCCCACAGCAACCAGCACCAAAUGAAAGAGUAUACAUCAUGGAAAUCACCUGCUAAGAAACUAACGAAUGCAUUAAGCAAGUCCCUGAGCUGUGCUUCAAGCCGUGAACCUUUACACCCCAUGUUCCCUGAUCAGCCUGAAAAGCCACUCAACUUGGCUCAUAUCGUGCCUCCAAGACCUGUAACCAGCAUGAACGACACACUCUUCUCCCAUUCUGUUCCCUCCUCAGGAAGUCCUUUCAUCACUAGGAGCUCUCCUCCCAAGGACAGUGAAGUAGAACAGAACAAAAUGCUGGCUAGGGCUGCUCCAGCCUUUCUGAAGGGCAAAGGGAUACAGUACAGCCUGAAUGUGGCAGACAGGCUAGCUGAUGAACAUGUUCUCAUUGGGUUGUAUGUCAACAUGCUCCGGAACAACCCAUCAUGUAUGCUCGAGAGUUCUAACCGACUUGAUGAAGAACACAGGCUGAUUGCCAGGUAUGCCGCACGCCUGGCAGCAGAGUCCUCCUCAUCCCAGCCAACUCAGCAGAGGAGUGCUCCUGACAUCUCCUUCACCAUCGAUGCAAACAAACAACAAAGGCAGCUGAUUGCAGAGCUAGAAAACAAGAACAGAGAAAUCUUACAAGAGAUCCAGAGACUUCGGCUAGAACAUGAGCAAGCUUCUCAACCCACACCAGAGAAGGCUCAGCAGAACCCAACCUUGCUGGCAGAACUGCGGCUCCUCAGACAGCGCAAGGACGAGCUAGAACAGAGGAUGUCUGCUCUCCAGGAGAGCCGGAGAGAGCUGAUGGUCCAGUUGGAAGGUCUCAUGAAGCUAUUAAAGGAAGAAGAAUUGAAGCAGGGAACCCAGGGGGCGGGCUCUCCUCGCUCCUCCCCCAGCCACACCAUCAGCAGGCCAAUCCCCAUGCCCAUCCGGUCUGCAUCUGCCUGCUCCACACCAACGCACACCCCCCAGGACUCUCUCACUGGGGUAGGGGGAGAUGUGCAAGAGGCGUUUGCACAAAGUUCAAGAAGGAACUUAAGGAAUGACUUGUUGGUAGCCGCAGACUCCAUCACUAACACUAUGUCCUGUCUUGUGAAAGAGCUGAAUUCAGAGGUGGCGAGUGAAACAGAAAGUACUGUGGAUUCUGAAUUCGGAAGAACUCAGUUUGAAGGUCUGGCUCCAUCACCAACCUCUGAAAAGGCUUUUCUUGCCCAAAUCCAUGCCCGAAAACCUGGGUACAUUCAUGGUGGAGCUACAAGUACCAUGCAAGGUGACAUCGUCCCAGAAGAUGGGGGUCCUUAUGCUCAACCCGAGGAUGAGAACUAUGAGAACGAGUCCGUGCGGCAGCUGGAGAACGAGCUGCAGAUGGAGGAGUACCUGAAGCAGAAGCUGCAGGACGAGGCCUACCAGCUCCGAGUCAGCACUGAGACCAGAUUCAAGCACCCCUGUCCUGUAACCGAGACAAAAUGGCGUGUAUUGUUCUGGGGUUUUGUGAUUGUCGGUGGAUUCCUUUCCUUGGCUUUCCAAGUUUACUUUUGGGGUCUGUUCUAAAUGCAAACCCAGCAGGUUUCAUCUGUCCUGUUCAUUCUACUCAACUAUAUCUUGCAGGGGUUGUUCUUUCUUGUCCCACAAUGAAUUGCACAUCCAUGUCCAUAAGAGCUGGUGGCCUAUGAAUGAGCACUGGUCUAGCACCGCCAAACCUCCCCCACAGCACAGUGGUCAGGAGGUGGGUGAAAUCUACUGUAUAAGAUUCAGGAAUUGGUUGUGGUUUGUCAGGAUGGAAGUUGGGGUAAGUUUGGUUGGUCAGAGGGAGACGUGUUGGAGAUUAUGAAGAUGGAUUACUAGAUGAUCUACAAUAAGGCAGGGAAGGUUCAUUUGUAAGUAGUAAUGUGAACUGAAUUGCAUUAAGAUUGUGGCCUUUGUGUGAUAUAUACUGUAUUUUCUUAUAUGCAUGAGCCAAACUGUUGCAAUAUAAUUUAGCACUGGUGUCUGCUCUUUUUUGACCAUCUUCGUCCACCAUUAUUAAUUCUUGGCUGUUAAGUGUAGAUAGAUCUUGUAAAUAUGGCAACCUUUGGUUGCUACAUUCACUUUGGUUCAACUCCACACAAGGAGCCACAAGCAAAUAACUCCACUGUGUUGCCAGAAGACAGGGCAUUUUUACUUUGAACCAAAAAAAAAAAAAAAAGGAUGAAAAGAAAAAAAAAAGCAGAAGUAUUCAUUGCAUCUUGAAGCUAAUUAACAUGAGACAUUUAAAUUGUGACUACUGUAAUUUGACCCCAUUUGAAAUAACCAAUUCAGAAACACUUAAGAGUUCACAAUAUUCAUUGGUAUGGUAACAAAACUACUAUAAUAUGUUGUUUUGUUUUGUUGAUAUUGCUGUCAAGUAUUGUUUUGUGUGUGUGUGUGUGUGUGUGUGUGUGUGUGUGUGUGUGUGUGUGUGUGUAUGUGUUGGAACCUCCUGGGGACAUGUUAUAUUUUGAAGUGAUUAAACUAUUUAAUUGUGUGUCUAUAUUUUGGAAUGGAAUUAUUUCUUCAUUAAAAAUGUUUUUUAAAACACUA